AGAGCGCCCCGAGGCCGCAGUCGCGCGACUUCAAACCGACGCGCGGCUACGAGCGGGACUACGAUCGCGUUACGCUUGCCGCUUGCCGCUCGCUCGACCCACAACCACUCAAUGAAUAUUUAAUAGAACCGAUUUCACGUCGAGCCGAGAAUCAAUGAGCCAACUUCAUCGCCGCACUGGCAAACUCAUGAUAACACUUUGUUGACAUACUUCUAUGAGACGGAAAGUUUGCUUAAUUACCAUGCUGAUCGGUUAAAUAUUUAUAUCAAUAUGAACUGUCUGAAAUACGCUGCGUGCAUUGUUUCAUUGACACUUUCGAUUAUUGCUCUUCCUGUGUCAUCCUCCGACGAAUCGCUGUUUCCCCGUUUUGUGGAACCGGUACCCAACGUCACAGUAACCGUUGGCAGAGAUGCUCUUCUAGCUUGUGUUGUCGAAGACCUACGAGGAUAUAAGGUGGCAUGGGUCCGCGUAGAUACACAAACAAUCUUAAGCAUCCACCAUAAUAUAAUCACCCAAAACCCGCGCAUAAGUCUUUCCUACAACGACCAUCGCUCAUGGUAUUUGCAUAUAAAGAAUGUUCAAGAAGUAGAUCGCGGUUGGUACAUGUGUCAGGUCAACACAGACCCAAUGCGCUCUAGGAAGGGAUAUCUACAAGUUGUCGUUCCACCCAUGAUUAUUGACAACAUGACUUCAACUGAUAUGGUGGUUCGAGAGGGCACAAACGUUACAAUGGUUUGUAGAGCUUCAGGAUACCCUGAGCCUUAUGUCAUGUGGAGACGCGAAGACGGUCAAGAAUUUAUUUGCAAUGGCGAACUGGUUAAUGUAGUUGAUGGCGAGAACCUUACAAUAUCUAAAGUGUCACGGUUGCAUAUGGGUGCAUAUUUAUGCAUUGCUUCGAAUGGCGUACCGCCUUCAAUAAGCAAACGUGUCGUUUUAAUGGUACAGUUUCCACCAAUGCUAUCUAUCCCUAAUCAGUUAGAGGCUGCAUAUGUAGGGCAAGAUGUAACCCUGGAGUGCCAUACCGAGGCCUACCCCUCCUCUAUUAACUAUUGGACUACGGACCGUGGGGAUAUGAUUAUAUCAGGCAAUAAAUAUAUAACGGCUUUAAAUGACGACGGUUAUAGUAGAAAAAUGAAGCUGACUAUACGCAAAGUGUCGUCAAGGGAUUUCUCGUCUUACCGUUGUGUGGCCAAAAACUCUCUCGGUGAAACAGACGGACUUAUACGACUUGACGAAAUCCCGGCGCCGUCCACAAUAAGCACGACAGUUAAUUACGUGCCAACAUUUCCGCAGAGGAAGAAAGGUAAACAUAAGAAUCGAUGGAGAGACAGUUCGGCAGAAAAUAGAGUUAUAGGAGAUUACGAAGUAGAAGAAUGGAAAGAUGUCGAUUAUGAAUCAACGCAGUCUUCAAGUUCUUCAUCGGUACGCGGCUUUGGGUUUAGUGUGAUAGUAGUUCUAUUUCUUAGCUGACUACUAAGAACUCCUUAAGCUAUUUAAGCGCUUGUGCCAACAGACUGCUAUAUUGUAAAGAAACUGCAAUAACGUUGUGUAAAUAGUGUGUAUUGUGUAAGAAUAAAAUUACAGUUUCGUCUAACUUCAAAACAUCAAAUCAACUUUUCAGAACCGAGUUCUAGCUUUGUAAAGUAAAAGCUUACUCACACCUAUAUAUACCAAAUGUAUAACUUCGGGAUACAAGUCAAAUUAAAUUCUAGACAGGUACGAUUAUUAGUUUUAUUGAAACAGUUAACAAUCGAACCGAGUGGUAAAAACUGUUAUUAAAAUGAAUGAAAUUUUAAAUUGUGAUUUUCUAGACUAAAUAAUAAUUUAGAUAAAAAUAAGAUGUUAUUCAAAAAGUAUUUUUAUAAAAGACUGAUAGAGUUUACGGUUUU